AUGGCCUCACAAGCACUUUCCGCGCCUAGCAGGGAUCCCCAAACCCUAAUCGCCCUCGAAGCAAGCCCCGAGCAAACCUUCCAAUCCUUCACAGCCGACACCGCCUGGACCCUCGGCACUGCUCUCCGCGAGCGCAUCCUCUCCCUCCCAAGCACCCAGCGCAAGCCCGCGCUGAUCUCCAUCGCCUCCGCCACAGCGACAGGCGGCGGCCCUCCACACAUCCUCUUCCAGUGCGCGACAGAGAGCGGUACCGUGCCCGACAACGAAAACUGGGUGCGGCGCAAGCGCAACACCGUGCUGCGCUGGGGCAUCUCGAGCUGGGCGAUGCGGCAGAAGACGAUUGCGGGGCUUGGCGCGGGGGCUCCGGCGGCGGAGGUCGAGAGCGCGUUCGUGAAGAAGUUCGCGCUCGCGAGCGGUAAUGGGGGCGCGGUGGCGGAUGAGUAUGCUAUUCAUGGAGGUGGGUAUCCGAUUCGAGUGCGUGGGGUUGAGGGGGUGGUUGCGGUGGCGGUUGUUAGUGGAUUGAAGCAGGAGGAUGACCAUCAGGUUGUGGCGGAGACUAUCAAGGAGGUGCUUGCACGGGGCAAUUGA